AUGGACUUAAUAAAAUACGCUUUAGUGCUGUUUUUUAUGUUCGUCGACAGCGACGCCGGAGGUCAUGGAGAGAAACAUCACGAUCACGUCAAGUUACAUGUGCCCGAAUUCAUCCACCACGACCAUCAUACAAAAGUGAUUACAAUACACCACCAUCAUCAUAAGCCUAAGAAGGAACAUCAUCACCACCAUCAUCAUCAUCACCAACAAAAGCCACAUAUUAUACCACACGGUAAUCAUUAUCAUCACCAUCAUAAGAAAACUCAUUCCGUUUCUAAAGGUCAUUCUAGUCAUAAGGAACAUGGCCAUCAUGGCCACCAUGGUCAUCAUGGACAUCACGGUCACCAUGGCUCUCAUGGGCACCAUGGCUCACAUGGUCAUCAUGGGCAUGAACAUAAACAUCAUGAUGCACCAUCUGUAGGCUACGACUCGCCAUCUGUAAACUACGAUUAUCCCGCUAUCAGCUAUGAACCACCCAAAUUUAAUUACAAUCCCGGUCCAUCUUAUGGAAGUGAUUAUGGAUCUUUCACGCCUUCUGUACCAGAUAUUCCAAGUUCACCUCAUGUACACGGUGUCGUUCAUACAGUUAAACAAGUUAAAGUAUUUGAUUCUUUACCCGGUGCAUUACCAAGUGUAUCAUCAUCGGGAAAGGUUAAUACAGCUGCGCAUGGUUAUGAAGUAAGAGAACAGGAAGAGGAGGGUGAUGAUGACGUAUUCACUGCCGUUAACACUCUAUCGCAAACGUACCCAGGCACUUUUGGAUACGUGAGAAGUGCCGCAGCUCAUACAGAAAACGAUCCCUUUUCAGAGAUCGCCCAACAGAGUACCGCUCAAUCACCCAAUCAUGACCCUUUCGCAGCUAUAGAACAUCCAACCUCAUUCGCAAAUUACGAAGGUGCAACUGGGUCAGGUGACGCAUUUGGUACCAUAUCUGUCCCAACUCAAGGUUCAUCUUUACCAAACAUUCACCCUUCACAAUUCACUGGAAAUGCUAUAAAUGAUGCUACAGGAUUUGAUGACCCUAAUAACAUAAUAAUAGGUGAUGUGAGUAGUACUGCUCUUCUAUCUCCUGAUGAAAGUUUUAGCGAUGAUUCGCCCGUGUCCUUUAGCAGAGAAGCUGGUAUACAGCAAACUAUUAAAACUGGCGGGGUUGAAAGCGUCGUUUAUUAAUAAUGAGAUUAUUUAUAUUUAAGUAUAAAUAGAUUUAUAUGUUUCUCGCGUGAUCAUUUGCACUUU